GAUCGUGUGGACUUUAUUGCCCGUUUUCUUUGUAGUAUAAAUAUUUUUCUUAACCUUGUGCUCUUUCGCCUCUUUCCAAAGGGAUAAAGGUCGAAACUUGAGACAGUUUUGAUUUGGCGAUUAGUACAAAGGGUUGUAAUUUUUUUUGGGGGAAAACAAGAUGUUGCAGCUUAUCAACUUGCCAGAGGUUGUUCUAGAAACUAUAUUAUCUAACCUUAGUUACGAUGAAAUAGCUAGAAACAGAACCGUUUGCAAACAGUUCGAUCGAACCUGCAAGAAACUCCUCAACCGUGGAUUCAAUCUGAUGGAAAAGUAUCAUGCCCAAUGUCUAAGAGCUGUCAAAAGCCAGCUUCCGCGAAGAGAAUCGGAACGCCGGAGUCACCCACUAGCUCGUCAUUGCGAUAUACUGACUGCGAUUGAAACAAGAAUCUCAAUGCUAUCUAUGACCUUCAUAAAAUAUGUAGACUUGAACCUAUGUUGCUUCAUACCCGGCAAAGUGAUCGAUGAGAUAUUUAGAGUUCUUCGGUUAAUACGUGAUUCUAAAACACCUCCGAGGGCCCAUGAAAUCCUUCAGGAAUUACGAGACAUCAGUAGCAUGGCUAUGGAACACUUUGAUGAAAAAAUCUUACCUAAACUCAGAAACAGUAUUUGUACCUCAGUCGUGAGCCACGUCGGAGCUUAUGAUUUGCCAAAUGCUAGCUUGAUGAUAUCCCAUCACACAAACAGUGGAAACGUGACGUUGGCACAUAGUUUCAGUUCGGAAAAGUUGAACCAAACAUUCAAGAAAAUUCACUGUCGAACGAGAAAGAAUCAAGUAUUGGUGCUUUCUGUAAGGGGAAAGAUAAACAAACUUAAGCUUCGAAUGAAAAGACAGGGUUUCCAAAUGAGAACACAAAGCCUAAAAAUUCAAGAACAAGGAAAACAGCUUCACGAUCAAAUCGUGCAGAUAGCUGAGAUGAAAAAGCACCUAGAAGAAUGGGAGCAGAAAAUAGGAGAUCUGAAAGCCGAACUUAGCCGGUCUAGAGAGGAAAAUACAAAACCCGACGCAAUUGAAACCCACAAACUUCAACAUAUCGACCUACUGAAAUCUCGAGAGUCAGACAGAGGACAAAGUAAAGAUCUUCAAGCUAAAAAGCGUAAGCUAAUCGUUGAACGUAAGAUUCCAAGUAGUGCAAAGGAUGUUCAGUUUAGAAAGUUUUUAUCAGAUCUCCUGAACUCCGGGCGCUCAGAGGAAGAUGGUCCGUCAUCAUCUCACUAAGUUCAUUAAUUAUAAACGCAAUCAUUAGAAUACCACAGAAAUUUUCAAACCAUUUUUGCAAAUCAUUGCUUUGGCUAAUUAUUUGCUCACUCAUCUCCAAUUAACAAAACAAAUAUUCGAAACGAGACUGAUUAUUAUUUUGUUUACAGUUUUCGUUUUCCUGUGAGAUGUUGGACAAUACGUAAUUAUUAUACUAGAUGCCAUUUCAGAAUGUCGCGACUAAUUCUAGAUUCCCACUACUGUGACCAUUUUCCCGUUACUCUCUUGUUAAUGAAGAUGGUCUUGGACGAAAUAGAAUUCAUUUGAUAACAAGAUUAGUGUUAAUACCAGGUAGCUGAGCAUAUUUUGAUAAACAUUGAAACAUCAACAAGACCCAAGCGACGGAAUUGUAGCUAAAUUUUAAGGAAACGAAUGGCAGCUUACAUUAGGACCCAACAAACCACUAAAUAAGUUAUAUAGUGAUAUUAUAUGAAAAAUAUUGUAUAGACUGUCCAAGAAACUACUAAUCUUAGUUCACAUAAAGCGAAAUAAUUAGGAUCCACACAUGAUUAUUUAUACUUGCUAUUUUGAUUGAUAAUAAACUAUAUCACCUAAGAAAAUAUACGAAUAAAAUACCUACGAAAUGGUUUCUGAAGAA